UUUCUGAAAAGAAGAAAGGUAACAGCUGUGUCACAGGAAUUAAACACUGAAAAAAUCUUCGCUCUGAACGGCCACAGCAGUAUUUUACUGAAGAAACUCAUCGACUCAAAAUCGUCGCAUCAGAAAAUGUUUAUACGACUUAAUCUUCUCGCAAUCGUCUUCUUGAACACUGUGCUAACUUCAGCAAAGGAGGAUUCAUUCGUCAAGGAACUCACUCUUACUAAUUUUGACCAGGUCGUUGACGGGAAAAAAUUUGCGUUCGUGUUUUUCUACGCUCCUUGGCACGAGCAAUGCGUGAGGCUGUUAGAACGGUAUGAAGAGGUUGGUGAUACAUUUUCAAGCCGUGAGGAUGUGGUUAUCGCCAAAGCAAAUGCUUAUGAAGAAAUUAAACUGGCCACACGGUACUGGGUGGAUGAAUACCCUGCGUUUCGUUACUUCAUAAAAGGAAGCAUAACUGAAGAAACGUAAGUAGAUGCAGUGUUUUGUUCGAUUUAUUACAAAAUGUCUAUUAUAUUCUAACAAUAAAUGUGACUUUUAGCAAACAUCAGAGCCUAAUGAUCUGACUUUCUGGUUUUUUUUUUCAGUUAUAAUAAUGGUAAUCUUCCUGCCGAUAUGAUUCGUUUUAUACGGUCCAAAUCCGUCCUUCAUCUAAACACAGACAUCUUCCAAACACCAGUCAUCGAUCUGAGCUCUUCAAAUUUUGAAAGAAUUGUCAAAGACAGGGCGCGGAGCAUCAUGGUCCUUUACUAUAACGGCAACUGUGAACUGUGCAAGACUUUACAAAACACGAUUCACGAUGUCGGUGUCACGUUUAGAAACGAGCCGAAGUGCCUGAUUGGCCGACUUGAUUGCGACGCGGAGCCUCAGAUUUGUGUGCAACAAACAAUUCCGCAUUACCCGACUUUCAAAGUAUAUUCCCAGCAUAACAAGGACGGGAUCAUUUACGAGCCUGGGACCUACCAGGAAAGCUACAGCGAGACAAACAUAACUUCCUUUAUGAAUGCCUUGUGUGGAACUCAAAGGAGGCUGAAAGGACGACUGAACGAAAAGGUAAGUUUUUAAAGCAGUUGAAAUUAAGGUAAAUUUUACAGCCGCUACGAAGCUCGUUUAGUGUCAUUGCAAGCAAUUUUUGCAUUAACCCGCUGUCCAGAGAGACCAUGCCCUCUUGCCAAUUGAUGCAAAAUAAAGAGAAGUUAGGAUUGUAGAAUUUCUGUAAUCGCAAGGGACUUUGCUUCGUGGUCGCGCAAGUCUUCUUGGGUCCCCUAAAUAAAGGCAGUUAAGGAGGUCGUAUGAAUGAUCGAAAUAACAUAGGUUUCUUAUAACGAUAUAGUAAUCAAAACCACAGUGAUUUUUAGCUUUCACUGAGAACAGACGAAAGAUAUAUAUAGUGUUGUUUGAGAAAGGUUUAUUUACCUGGCAAGGAUGAGACUCAUUAAUUCCUUGGACUGAAAAUUUGUGGCUAUACUUAAAAAAAGUGUCAGAAAUUCAAGAAUAAAAUUAUGAAAUGGGAUAUAGGACUAAAAGAGGCAAAUUUAUUUUACUUGAAAAUUGCUAAUUCGCUGGAAAACUUAACGCGCAUCUACUUGAAAACGAAAAUGUUAGCCCCCCCCUCGACCAACCCAACUUCUUAACUUAAAUUGCUAUACGCCAUUACAUAUUGUUAACCAUCGGGAGCGGCAUGGAGUUUAUUGAAAUUUGCUGUUUAAACAGGCUGGCCUUUUGGAUGACUUCAACGAAAUAGCCGUGCAGUUUAUGAAGGACCACAAAAGGCGAGAAGAAAUAUUGAGAGAAGCUAAAAUAAAAGCCCUUAAGCACAAGUUCCAAACCGAGGCUCAUUUUUACAUGUCUGUUAUGACUCGCGUAAUGGGUUACGGAGCUGGUAUCAUAAGCGAGGAAAUUGAUCGAUUGGAACGCUUGAUCGCCGGUCCAUUGCACCCUAAUAAGGCAGAUGAAUUUGAGAAACGCAAAAAUAUUCUGAAGCAAUUCCAGGUUUUGCAUUUUGAAAGAGACGAGUUAUAA